AACCGGAAGUCAACUCCCGGAAGCUGAUUUCACACAUGUGUUGCAGCAUAAAAUGGCUUUUCAGGUAGCAUUUCGAGCCGGGACCCGACAAAAGGCUGCAAUUCAACAGCUUAUCAAAUGUCAGUCAUGUAUAGCCUCAUCAGAGAGCCAACCAAUAACAAGGGCAGGAUACCUGGACAGUCGACUACAUCAACAGCAGGUUCGGCACAUGUCAAGCCAACCAAACUUUUUCCAAAAUGUAUGGAAUGAAAUAAAAGAAGGUUUUCAAAAAGACCAAGACAUGAAGAAAAACUUGAAAAAAUUCAGAGAAGAAACAAAGAAAUUAGAAGAAUCGGACGCAUUACAGAAGGCAAAGGCAAAAUAUAUGAAUAUCCAGAAGGAAACCGGUGAAGAGUUCGGAAAGAAGUUUGACGACGUCAAAGAAAAGCUGAGUGGUACCUUCAAUGAAUUGUCUGAACAUGAAAUGGCCAAAAAGGGGAAGGAAUUCACAAAGGAAACGCUGAAGUCUGCUGGUAACUUGGCAGAUACCUUGUCAAAGGGCGUGACAAAGGGAGGUCAACAAUUAGGACAGUCAAAACCUAUACAAACUAUAUCAGAAGCUGUGAAAAAUGAACUGAAAGACAUAGAUACAACAAGAGCACAGUGCUACAAGAAACCAGAGGUGCUUCGAAUGCGAUCUGAAGAUUCUGUUAACUUCAAGAGGAAAGAGGAAGUAGCACCUAAUGAAGAGGACACUGGGAUGGUUCUACAUAAAGAUUCCAAAUUUUACCAGAGUUGGACCAAUUUCAAGGAUAAUAACCAGUAUAUAAAUAAAAUGUUUGAGCUGAAGAUGAAAUACGACGAGAGUGAUAAUGUGAUGGUACGGGUUACCCGGACGUUUACAGACAAAGUCAGCGGUUUACUGAGUGGUAUGUUCACAACAACAGAAAUGUCAGAAGUUUUAACAGAAAUCUGUAAAAUAGAUCCAACAUUUGAUAAAGAAAACUUCAUCAAAACCUGUCAGUUAGACUUCAUUCCAAACAUUUUAGAAGCAACUCUCAGUGGUGAUCUUGAAAUAUUAAAGGAUUGGUGUUAUGAAGGGGCUUUCAACGCAUUAGCACAUAAUACCAAACAGAGGCAAGCAGUAGGCCUUAGAUUAGAUCACAAAGUCCUGGAUAUAAAUAACAUUGAGGUCGUUGGUGCAAAGAUGAUGGAGCAAGGCCCUGUGCUCAUUAUCACUUUCCGCUCACAGGAAAUACGGGUUAUCCGGGAUGUGAAGGGAAAAAUUGUAGAAGGACAUCCAGACACAGUAAGUCGGAUCAUAUACGUGUGGGCACUGUGUAGAGACCAGGAAGAGUACAGUCCAAAGGCGGCCUGGAAACUUCUGGACGUCUCGGAACAAAUCGGAGAAAUGUGGCUGUAAAAGAAAGUAUUACAGGCAUUGUAGAGACUAGAAAGACCUCACGCAACAGACAUUGGGACUUCUUCACACAGCAGACCACCGAUGUUUUUACAUUCAGAAACUUCAGGAAUAUUCAUAUCCUAUAUACAAGGACUAUCGCAGAUCUUGCCUGGAAAAUAUUUUUAAUCCAGCAGUAUGCUUGAUACACAGAGAUUUUUUUAGAGAGAUGCAAAACUAUUAUUCACUGCAAUUAACCCUUCUACCACUGUAGACCUCAAUGGACUGAACCAGAUCAAUUCAUGGAAGAGUUUACUAAAAUUACAUACGGGUGAAAGGGUUAAACAUUUGUAGGUUUCGAUAGGAUAGGAUUCAGUUUAAUGAUUUACAUUUGCAUGAAAAAUGUGUGUUCAGAGAGUUGAGUUGUGUCUGUGAUAUGUCAGUAGGCAGUUCAUGUAUGAAAAAUAACAUUUCUGUUUAGAGAAAUGAUAUUUAUGAUGAUGUAGCAAGCAGUUAUGAUAAUGUUAUUAAACAACUUCUGUGAGAGUUCAUCAAGUGCUUUACCAGGGGCCUGUUCGUUUAUGUGGAACGAACGGUUUUUCUGUUUUUAAAUGUAACAUUUUUGGGUAUUAUUACUAGCAAACCUGCAAAUGUUUAAGCAGGCCUUGUAAGGCUUUGUCAAGGCUCACCUGAAAGCAGCAUCAGAUUACUAGGUCUGACCUUAUUUCAUAAACGAACAACUCUGGUCCAUCCGGUUUAACCAUUUGGACCACGAUAAACAAAAAUGGCCCAGCAUGUUCCAUGUCUUACAAAAAUUCAAGUGAAAGGGACUACUUCCUUCUCCCCUAAACCCCACGUUAAGUAAUAUUUUUGAAGCCAUAGAUCAAAGAUGGCGAAAAGGAAAUGAAUAUGUAAAUUGAGCACUCCAUCGUUCUUUUACCUGGAGCCUGUUUGUUUAUGCAGACCAAUCAAUGUAUCCUUCUUUUUUUUUUAAAUGUGAUAUUUCGAGGUUAAUCCUAACAGACCUGUAGAUUUCAAUGCAGGCCUUCAAAGUCUUUGCCAAGGCUUGUCAGAAAACGACAUAAAACCACUAGGUCCAUCAUUAUUUCACAAACGAACAACUCUGGUCCAAUCAUUUGGAAAACCUUAAAUGAAAAACAGCCUUGGUCUCAUUUGAUUUGCUGUCUGACUAUUCUACGAAUAAAAUACUUUACCAUACUUCAUUUUUCCUCUUUCUCUGAAUCAUUCCAGGAAUUAUUCAGAUAUUCAAACUUUUAAUUUUAAAAAGAUUUAAAUUGAAUUUAAAAUUCAAGCUUUUAUCAACAACAACUAAAAAAAUCUUGU